UGGCACAAUGGCGAUCUUUCUUUGCUUCACGUACCUAAAUCGACAGAAAAAAUAUCGUACAAAGAAAGAUUAUGGCGUUAGCGUUAUUUUACGUGGCGUAAUACAAGAUAACUAUAUUGAAACCAUUCUUACGUUUCGUGGUAUUUAAUAUAUCGUGCUGUGUGAUUUCUACUUAAUCCAUUGUUGCCAUCAAACAAUCUUCCACCAUGUCACACGGAGGCAGCAGCCCGUCUUCCUCAGAACAAACCCUCACAGCCGAGCUAAGAGAUGGUCAGCUGCAAAUAGUGGAAAUGUCCCCAUUAGGCAAUGAUGAUGAUGGCUCAGAAGGGCUGCAAAUCGAGACGGAAGAUGGAGCCAAAUACGUGCAGGUGUUGGACGAGAGUGGCCGCGGACUCAUGCACCUGAACCUGCUCAACUUGACCCUAGUCAGAUGCGAAGACGGCGAGGAUGGCUACAGAUUGACCACCACAGAAGAUAACGAUCAAGCCGAAUACAUAACUCCGGACACCAACACUGUGUGUGUGCUACAGAGCAGCGAUGGAGGAGAAGAUCAGCAAGACCAGUACGUGAUGCUGGAAGGUGAAGACGGCCCCGUCAUGUACCUGCAGUCGGACCUGAGCCAGGCCAGCCACACGAGUCAAACGAGCCACACGCCCACCACUGAAAAGGAACCGUCCACCGCAGUAGAGCUACUUCAAAGGGCCAAAGCGCUACAUAAGGCCAAGCGUCUCCUCCGAGAGUCAAUGAAACCCCAGACCGGCGCAGGGCGGCGGCGGCGCGCCCCCCUCCCCGCGGCCGGCGAGCUGCUCUCCUCGCCCAACUUCAAGCUGUUCCUCUACAGCUGCAAGCUGUGCAGCUUCAAGUGCAACGCAGUGAGGGAACUGACGGAGCACAGGUCGACAGCACACAACUGUGCCAAGCCGAGCCUAGCCCGAGGCACGCGCGCCCCGCCAGCCCAAUGCGCACGCUGCCCAUACAAGGCCAACUCACAUUAUCUACUAAUGCGGCACGUCCAGGAUAUGCAUAUGAAAACGAUAGAAGACGACGCGUCAACCCUACUAAUAGACGUGCUAGUUUGCGGCGCGUGCGGGUUCGAGUCCUCGUCGCGCCGCGUGUUCCGCGCGCACAUCGACGAGGCGCACCCGCCGCCGCAAGCAGAGGAACAAAACGAGGAGGAGGAGUGAAGCAGAGAACAAGGAACCUCUCAACAUCACACAAGUGUAACAGGGUGGGCUUUUAUGCAGAGUUGAUUGUGAAAAUUGUGCCUACAUUACUGUAUGAUUUUUUAGACUAUUUAGUUUAUAUUAAGUACUUCAAUUAGACAUAAUUAUAUGGGUAUCAUUAUAGGAAACUAGUUGUUCCCGCGAACUUCGCUUCGCCUUAAAAAGUUUUUCCGUGGGAAUU